UACUUUUUUUUUUUUUUUGCUUUCUUUACUUUAAUUUGUUUGCAUUUCUUUUCUUUUCUAGUUUGAUGAUUAGUUUAUGUAGUUUUCGAGUUAAAGAGAGACUUUGUUUUCUUUUGGGUCACAUUUUACCAAAAUCCAAGAAAUAGUUUAAAGCUUCACUCUUCAUUUUCACACCAUAGUGUGUUUAUGUCACUACAGUUUUUAUAUGUAUGAAUUAUGAUCUCACUCAUCAAAUUAAACAACGUUUGUUUGAUUAUGUUUUUGUCAUUGAUGUCUGUUCUUUAUUUUAGCCAAGUUUAGUUUUUUUUUAGUUUUACUAUAAAUAAGCUCUUGGAAACAAAAAAAGGCUAAAUUUUUCAGUAUCAAGCUUUAAACAACUUUCUAAUAAUGCAUCAAUUUUAAGUUUUGAGCCUCACCCAUUUAAAAUUAUGCCAUUUAUGGAAUUGGGUAGUUUCUGGUUUGCUUUUUAGUGAUAGUUAAACUAUUUUUCAUGAUGCAUUUGUUAUUGAGGCAUUAAGGGUUUGGUUUGUAAACUUGUUUGAAUUUUGGACCUUUUGGCUGCUAUGGAAAAGAUUGAGGAGGCAAAUAAGGCCGCAAUUGAGAGCUGCCAUAGAGUUAUUGGGCUUCUGUGUCAACCUAGGAAUCAAACUCAGUCUAAGAAUUUGAUGAUGGAAACUGGAGAGGCUGUGUGUAAGUUUAAAAGAGUUGUGUCUCUUUUAAGUAAUAGUUUAGGUCAUGGAAAAGUGAAAAAGAUGAGCAAAUUUAGAUCAUCUUUGCCUCAGAAUUUGUUUUUAGAUAGUCCUAAUUGUAGAACAAUUUUGGCACCUAAACCCCUGCAAAUGAUUCCUGCUAAUUUUCUUGAAAAUCCCAAUUUUCAAAUGGAGUCAUCAAAGUCUAAAUCUUUUGUUGAAAAUCCAGUUCUUGAAAUGAACUUAAAUGUUAGGAAUUCUCUUCAAAUUCCCCAAAUAAAACCAUCUCAGCCGUUCAAUUUUCUCCAACAACAGCAGCAAAUACAGAGGAUACAGUUUCAGCAGCAGCAGCAAAUGAGGUAUCAAGCUGAUAUGAUCUAUUCCAGGAGUAAUAGUGGAGUUAACCUUAGAUUUGAUGGCUCCAAUUGCACUCCAGCAAUCUCAACUUCAGGAUCGUAUAUGUCAUCUUUAAGCAUGGAUGGUGGUACUGUGACUAAUUUUGAUGGAGAUUCUUCAUUCCAUUUGAUUGGUGUACCUCAGUCGUCCAAUCAAACGAGACGGAGGUGUUCCGGUAGAGGAGAAGAUGGUAAUGUCAAAUGUGGCAGUACCGGUAAAUGUCAUUGUUCGAAGAGAAGGAAAUUGAGGGUAAAGAGAUCGAUUAAGGUUCCUGCUAUUAGUAACAAGGUGGCAGAUAUUCCUUCUGAUGAGUAUUCAUGGAGAAAAUAUGGGCAAAAGCCUAUUAAGGGCUCUCCACAUCCUAGGGGAUACUACAAAUGUAGCAGCCUGAGAGGUUGUCCAGCAAGGAAGCAUGUCGAGAGAUGCCUAGAAGAUCCUUCGAUGCUAAUUGUCACUUACGAAGGUGAGCAUAAUCAUUCCAGAUUGCUGUUGACACAAUCCACCCAUACAUAAAAUUUCGAUCAAUCUCAGUCGAGCAAAGCUGGAAGCCUGUGUCUAUUGUGAAUUACUACUGUACAUAUAAAAUGUGGAUGUGGUUCGAGCCCGAGACUUGAUUUUUCGGAGAAGAUUUACGGUUAAAUGACAGGAGUUAGUCCGGUUAGAGCUCGUUCUAUAUGGAAUAGGGAAUUAAAAUUGUAAACCUAUUUCCUUAUAUAUUGAAGAUUUUGUUCUUUUCA